AUGUCGUACAACGGAAUUGGAUUGCAAACUCCUCGUGGGUCAGGGACAAAUGGUUAUGUGAUGCGUAAUUUGUCGAACGUAAAGCGAUAUAACAAUACUGGAACCAAAAAGAUGCACGAGUAUGAUGAAAAGACGCUAACGAAACGAAGAAUCGACCCAGAAAUAAGCAAACAUGAGCGUCGGCGGCAAAUUGAAUCGAAAGUGUUGUUGUUUCGAGAGGAAUUGCUAGCACAUACGGAGCCCCAACAGACUCGGUAUCCCGAGGAAGAGGAUAUAGAGAGAAAAGAGGUAGAAGAAGAAGAAAGAGGAAAAAGAGAUGAAAAUAUUGAAGCGUUAGUGCAGGAAUAUCGUGAAAAAUUGUGGAAAGAAUCCGAAGAAGAAGAUCGGUACCAUGAGAAAAACAACUUCGAGUCCCUGAUGCACGAUGACGAUGAGGUUUCAGGUUCCCGCGGUCGGAAUGACUACCAUGGACACGAAAGGAAGAAUCAAAAAUACAAAGGAAGACUAGAAAGUAGAAGAGAUAUAAGUCCUAUGUCAGCCUCAAGAGGAUCGCAGAAUCGAAGACAUGGAGAUUCGUAUUAUCGAGGAAGAGAUCGAUAUGUGGACGAUGUGGAAAGGGACUACGAACCGGACAGGCGUUCUAGUCGAUCGGAACGUCCAAAGAGGGAAGAUUACGAUAGCUACUCAUCGUAUCGACCUCGUCGCCAUGCUCGUUCACGUUCCAAAUCUCGAUCUCCUUCACCAAGGAAUCAAUUGGACACAAGAGAGGAAAGAAAUUAUCACUUUCGCCGACCUUCCUUUCAAAACCGAGAAAGAUCACCACCUGAGCGAGGAGAACUUCAAGAGUCCAACUCUCCUAUUGAAUGA